AUCUACAACAUCCUCCAGGAGGUCACCCAGCAGGAGGGCGAACUGGAGGAGCGCUGCAUCCAGAGGCUGGUGGCCAUCGCCUCCAGGGAGAUGAGGGGCAUGCUGGAGAUGGAGGGCUAUGUGAGGGCAGAGGUGGCCAGCGACACCCUGGUGGCCCUGUCCCGAAACCACUUCAGCUUGGUCAUGUACGAGCUGCAGCACCAUCUCAAACCCCUCAACCUCACGGAAGAAUCUGUCAUCGUCACCCUGGCCAAGCUGGCCAACGGCAAUGUGUUUGAGUUCAUGCCAUACAUGGGCAUCACCCUGGCCACCAUGUUCACCAUGCUGAGGCUCGCCAAUGAAGCCAAGAUGCGCCAGGUGAUCUGUGGUGCCAUGGAGACCUUCUGCGAGACGGUGCAGUUUUACCUGAGGCACCUGGAGGACAGCGUGUACCCCGUGAUGACUGAGGACCAGUUUGCACUGAAGCUGUUCCCCAUGUAUCGCUACUUCGUGACGGUGUGGCUGCGGAACAACAACCCAGAGGUGAAGCUGGGGGUCAUCAAGUCCCUGAAGCCCAUGCUGAACCUCCUCCUGCCCAACGAUGCCCUGCGGGACCAGGUGUAUGACUACAUCCCUCUGCUGCUGGCGGAGUACCAGGGCAGCCUGGAGGCGCUCUUUAUCACGCAGGUCUUGAGGCAGAUCCUGGAGAUGUCCUUCAUCACCAACAACCCAGUCCUGCAGAUGCAGCUGCACAUCAUCUUCAGGGAGCUGCUGUCGAGCCUGCUCCUACCCCAAGGAGCUGAUGAAGUUCUUCCUCAGUCAGAUGGAGAUGAGCAAGGAGGCCGUCCGGGUGGGGACCCUGGCCCUGAUCGGGCAGUGGUGGCAGAGAGGCCUCACCACUUCUGGGCAUCUCCUCAGAGCCCAGCCCUGAGGCCACUGGACCUCCAGGCGGGCUUUCCUCUUUCAGAACCCAGAAUGAGCAUCAGGACCAUCUCCCUGGCCAUCCGAGUGGUCAAGAACACACUCUCCGACACCCGGUCCAAGGUGAGGAUGGCCAUUCUGCACAUCCUUGGGCAGCUGGCCCUGUCCGGAUUCCAGGAGAGGAUCAAAGGCUGGGGCCUGAAGUACGUGUCUGUGCAGCUGACCUUUUCCACCAACAAACUGACCAACCGCAGGGACAACUUUUAUCAGAGGGGCCUAGAGGAGAAGUUGGUCCACAAGGUCCCCAUGGACACCGUGAGGAUCAUAACCUCUUCUGUCAGUGGGAUGAGCAAUGAAUUUUGGGUGAGGCUCCUGUGCUACAUCAUGGAGACGGACUACACGGAGGCCUUGACCCCCAUCUGCGGCAGCCUCACCAACCUGGCCGAGCGCCAGCUGCACGCCAAGGAUGAGGAGGCCAACGCAAGCAAGAGCAGGCACGGUGGGCAGCCCCCCUGCGCCAGCUGGAGGGACUGGGCAGUGGAUCUGCCCGCACCACAGAAGCUGCUGACCCGACUCCUGGUACUGAUGUCGUCCCCCUACAAGGGGGAGAGCUGUGGAAUCGCCAUGCUCAACCUUCUGAAGAUCCUGAGCCAGAGCAUCGCCCCCUCCAUGGCUGACAUGUGGGCCCUGGAGAUCCUGCUGCUAGUCAAGUACCUGGAAGAACACACCGAGUUUACCUGGAACCAGAAGAUGUGGGAGGACAGGCUGAUUCAGUUUCGGAGAAACUCCCUCAAGAUGCCUCGGGAUUCCCGCUGGAGCCUGAGUCUGAGCAAAGAGCUGAACAACCAGAUCAAGAGCUUCGACAGCCCCUCCCUGGAGAAGGAUUGUGUUUCUAUUAUGCUGCGACUUGCUGUACCGUGAGAGCGCCACUUCUCUGUUUCCUGCUGAGCUCAAGGCCAGAAGCUAAUGCACAAAAAUCCACGGGAAAGACGCUCAUAAACAAAAUAUACAGCGCACACCUGGCUUCGUGCAGGACACGCUGAUGUAACGUUAGACCAAGUCUGUGUGCUUAUUUGCCCCUUAGAAAUGUACCAGCUUAGGGUAUAAAGGUGACGGUGAAAAAUAAAGCAACUGCCAGACUCUGCUGCA